AUGUCUCCUUCUCCGAUCUUCUCCAGUGAUAUCAGCGGUGGUCUUUUCUUCAUUAAUGGAAAACGAACCACAAUCACAGAAAAUUCCGGAACUUUUGAUGUUCUCGAGCCAAGAAUCGGAAAAGUUGUUGCAAAAUCGCCAAUCGCUUCCGCGUCGCAAGUUGAUGAAGUCGCGCGACUCGCCGCUGCUUCGCAAUCCGCUUGGAGUUCUCAAACUGCUCUUGAACGUGGAAAGAUUCUUCGAAAAGUCGCUGAAUUGAUCCGUGAAAAUCUUGAAGAAAUCGCAAGAUUAGAAGUUCUAACCAAUGGAAAACCAAUUUACGAGGCUCGAUGUGAUAUCGCAAGUUCUGCUGAUACUUUUGAUUUCUUUGCUGGAAUCGCAACUGCUGCAUUACAAGGAGAUAAUUUGGAAUUACCAGGUGGACCAUCUCAAAGAAUUUGUUAUACAACACGUGAACCAUUUGGUGUUGUUGGUUUGAUUGGUGCAUGGAAUUAUCCCUUCCAAACUUGUGUUUGGAAAGUUGCACCAGCUUUAGCGGCUGGAAAUGCUGUUGUUUAUAAACCAAGUCCAUUUGCACCAGCUUCGCCAGUUCUUCUUGGUGAAAUUCUAACUUCUGCUGGUCUUCCAAAUGGUGUUUAUAAUGUGGUUCAAGGUGAAGGUGAAACUGGAAUUGCGAUUUGUGAACAUCCAUUGAUUUCAAAAGUAUCAUUCACUGGAUCGGUUGCUUCUGGACAAGCUGUUCAACGUCAAUCUUCCACUAAAAAUGUGAAACCAGUGACUUUGGAAUUGGGUGGAAAAUCAGAAUUGAUCAUUUUUGAUGAUUCGAACUUGGAAAGUGCGGUUGCGGCUGCGAUGUUGGCUAACUUCUUGAAUCAAGGACAAGUCUGCACAAAUGCCACCAGAGUUUUUGUUCAACGCGGGAUUUUGGAGAAGUUCACCGAGGCUGUGGUAAAUGAAGCAAAUUUGAAAUUGAAGGUGAGAAUCGGAAAAUCUGGAAAUAAAUUUAUUUGAGAAAUAAGAAUUAAAAAAAAAUCUAAAAUUUUCUCACGUGAAAUUUCAUGUAAGAAUUUGAAAUGUUAUUUUUUUUAUUUAAAAAAAUUGUUCAUAUUAUUUGGAUUUUUUUUACCGAGAGAUGUCAAAAAUUCCACAUUCCUUACCUUAUUCCAGGUUGGAGAUCCACUUCUUGAUGACACUCGCGUUGGAGCAAACAUCAAUGAAGGACAUCUCAACAGAAUCCUUGGAUAUAUCGAAAGUGCCAAACAAGAAGGUGGAAAAGUUCUUCGUGGUGGAGUUCGUGUUCAUCCAACUGGUGUUGAAAAUGGAUUUUAUUUGGAUCCCGCAAUUAUUGUUGGAUUGAAUGAUGAAUCGAAAGCAGUUCGUGAAGAGAUUUUCGGAGCUGUUAUGUUGAUUUUGCCAUUUGAGACCGAAGAUGAAGUUGUUGCUCGUGCAAAUAAUACAACCUAUGGUUUGGCCGCUGGUGUUUUCUCAGGGUUGGUGGUUUUUCAAAAAUUCUAAACUUUAUCUGAAAAAUUUUAGAAAUUUGGCUCGUGGCCACAGAGUUGCUGCUAAAUUGCAAGCUGGAACCGUCUUUGUCAACACUUAUAAUGAUACCGAAGUAAAUGUUCCGUUCGGAGGAUUCAAGAACUCUGGACAUGGAAGAGAAAAUUGUGUUGACACACUUCGCGCUUACACGCAAAUAAAGGCGGUUUACGUGAACGUUCAAGACACCCUUGAACAUUGUUUCUAG